CGGAUGAGGUUUCAAAGUUAUCGUCGUCAGUCUGCCCCGUCCUCCGUCAUCACCAAGGCUCUGACCAGGUCCAAGACCGUCUCCAGAGACAGUUUCCUGGUUCCUGUGUGUCCAGAGACGUGUCCGUUGGUCCGGUCCCUUCUGACCAUCCCCRACAGAACCUUCCUCCUCUACGGACACGCCCAGCUGAAGACCGGCAUGCAGACCCAGGACCGACACCUCUUCCUGUUCACCGACAUCCUGGUCAUCGCUAAGGCCAAAUCAGCCAAUCACUUCAAACAGAAACUCCAGGUGAGUGUGUGUGAGAUGUGGAUCGGAGGCUGCACGGACGAGGUGUGUGAGGGAAGCACAAACCCUGAAAGGAGCUUCGUUCUGGGCUGGCCCACCUGGAACUGUGUGGCUGUGUUCAGUUCAGCGGAGCAGAAGGAGCGAUGGCUGUCCAUCCUGAAGAGUCGGAUCAAAGCAGAGAAGGAGAACGAGGAGCCAAAGACCAUCCCUUUGAGAGUCUACGGGAAAGGACUCAACACCUUUGCUGUGACAAAGACACUUCCGGUCAGCAACUCAGAUCUGACCAAUGAGGUGAUCCGUUUGGCCCUGCAGCAGUUUGGCAUCAUAGACAUGCUUGGGUUUCUGUAUCACGAGGGCUCCUGGACCAGGGGGAUCUUCCGUCGGCCAGCGGGAGCGCGRUCCGUCAGGGACCUGCGGGACUCUCUGGACUCCGGGGAGUCCCAGCUCCCACUCUCACGAGACCACAUCUUCAUCGUAGCCGGAGUCUUCAAGGACUUCCUGCGCAGCAUCCCCGGCAGCCUGCUGGGCUGUGAGCUGUUUGAGGAAUGGAUGGACGUGUUGGAGGAAGAGGAGGAGGAAGAAGAACAGGUGCAGGACAUAAAGAGGAUGAUUUGUCGCCUGGCCAAAGAGAACGCCCUGCUGCUCCGGUACUUACUGGCUCUGCUGCACGGCAUCCAGAGCAACGCUCAGGAGAACCAGAUGACCAGUUUUAAUUUAUCCGUCUGCAUCGCUCCCAGCUUGCUUUGGCCUCCUGGCCUGCUGGGCAGCCCCGAGGUGGAGGGAGAGGGAACGAAAAAGGUCUGUGAGCUGGUGAAGUUCAUGAUCGAGCGCAGCCCUCAGAUCCUGGGAGAGGAGCCCUCGGUCCUGUUCGGAGGUCCCCCGAGGAGGCCGAGCAGCGAUGAGACGGGUCCAGAGUCGUGGGUUUACCCUCUGACUGAUUCGUCCUACGACAGCCUGGAGAACGAGUUGGACGCUAUCAGUGGGGGGUCUCCAAGCUCCUGCAGCAAGAGACCUCUCCACUUCAAAGCUCUGCAGAGCAGCCUGGAGUCCAUCCUCACCUUCAGCGACUACGACCAGGACGCUGAUCCGGAGGCGCUCCGAACCAAAACCCAUGGUCUGCCUGGCAUCCGGAUUCACCUCGCAGAGAGACGUAGGAGACCGAAGGUACGUGCCGAGGACACCUCCCCCACCCUGGACUCACUGUCCCUAGAGGGAGCACAUCUGCAGCAGCAGCGGCGGCGGCGCUCCGAGCCAGCGAUAGCGUACGCCGCCCGGUUCUGUCCACACAUCUCGGGCAGCGCAGAUGGACUUGCUGCGGGGGACGAAGGCAGCCAGACGCUCACUCAGACCCACACCAAGAAGGGAUAUCCAUCAGCGGCUUUAGGGGCCAGCUUCUCAAGCCUGUCCUCUACCUCCCCCGCCCCCACCCGCUCCUCCCUGGACUCCCUGGACUCCCUCGGCACCGAGCAAUCCGGGACCUUGACGACCGAUCCACCCUGCAUCCCUCCUCCGUCGCCCUUCGCCUCAGGCUCUGCUCGGACCCCCAGCGAUCUCUCGAACCAUUCUAAAGACUCUCCGGCCAAAGACCCUCACCACUGGGGGGCGAUGAAGGGCUGCAUGGGUCUACACCCAAACUCAUGGCUGAAGAAAGACCGGAGGCUCUCGCUGACCCAGCAAGAAGGUCAGAACGUGGAUGAAGAUGACAAAACGGUAGGUACCGAGAAAGGGACUAAACCCAAACCCCACCGCAGAGGUUCAAAGGAUGCAGGAGGGGUCAGCCAACAUCCAAAACCGGAGUCCUCUCUGGACAUCGUCAAGAGGCGUCCGGCGCAGAGUAACACCACCGAACAGAAGCAGCCGUCUCCGUCACCCUUCCACAAACACAGCGGGCCGUCUCUGUCCCUGUUCAGGCGGAGACAGACUCCACGUCCAGAGGACAGCAACGAGCGGCUCCACCAGCGCCGGGGCUCCGAGCCGGGGUGGCAGGUCGUAGACCGAGCCUCCGCCUUCACCCGGGCGAGGCUGCCCAGCGACCCAGGUCUAAAGCUGCCCGAGCCGGAUCCACAGCGGGGCGCCACCGAAGCCGGUUUCUGCCUCUCCCCAUGUGCCACCAAGGUGGUGAGGGACUACUUCUCCUCCCACCCCCGCAGCAGUCCUCAGAGCAGCCAGCAGGUGGUGUUGGCCGUGGCCGAGGGUCGCAGGGAGUGGCUGAAGAGGUGCAGCGAUCCCAACCUGGACCCGGACUUGGAGCAGCUUCUGUUCUCCGAGGAGUCGUAUGUCUGAGUGUGGAACACCUCAGAGCGCCAAACCUUCCAUUUCAUACACUCCUGAUUCUGUGUUGCUGUGAACAAAUAUCAUMUUACCUGUUGUACAUGGCCURAAUGCAAGUGGAUUCCUGCAGUUUUAAAAACAUUUACUUGUAUUUACUUAGUUAUGUGGGAUUUUAUGAGAAAAUAUACACACGUUGAGUCAAAAGACCCAGGACACCUGUUUAUUUCAGAAACAAGAGGGAAACUGAAGUUUCUGAAUACUCCAGCAGUUAAUGGGUGAGGGGGUCUAUCUUUUGGCUAUGUCCAGAACAUGUUCUAAAAGCUGCUAAAGUGGAUGAAGGACAAGUUGUUCCCAAUGUGAAGGUGGUCAUCAUGCUUUUAAAUCCUUCUUUUUCACGUCUAAAUCAUUCACUUAUGGCCUAUUAAAAAUAAAACUGCAACGCUUUGGUCGACCUUGGUUGUCUCAGAAAUUGAUUGCUGCAAUCAGAUGUGCAAUAUCUCUUAUGAUUCAAAAGGUAUCGACACACAAAGUUGCAACAACAACUGGGAACAUUCUUUUUCACCAAUUUAAUAUUUGUCUCUUUGURAUUACUACGAUUAAUGCUGUCGGGCAGGCUGACAUACGGCUAACAAUGCUCUCCUACUUCUUUGUCAAAGUCCUCCCUCCGUCUCAGAUAGGGCUGCCACAAAUGAUUAUUUUUAUAGUUGACUAAUCACCGAUUAUUUUUUCAGUCGACUA